CAAAAGUACAACUUGGGAAGUUCAAGUCUGUCCGUCACAUCAUCAUCCACGAAACAACCCCAUUGACACUUUUUCAAUUCCACGCUUCCGCCCAUUUCAAUUUGCGAAAUCGACCCGUUAAGUCGCGGUCGAUAUAAUUUUCAUUCGGAAGUCUCCAAUUAUCGUCGAUAAUUAGCCAAAAUGGUCAAGCUACAGGAAGUCGAGGACGAGCACUUUGCGCAGGAGCAGACUGGUCCUAAGCUUGAGGAGAAUGAGGAGGACUACUACACCGAUACUGACUCUGAAGUCUCCUCCGAUGACGAACCCGAAAUCAGCCUCGAGGAGUCUCUCUCCGAGCGUAUUACCGCCCUCAAGGACAUGAUCCCUCCCAAGCACCGUGCUAUCGUGACCAACGCCGUCUCGACGACGUCGUGGUGGGUCAAGCGUGGCCUCUCCUUGUCCGGCAAGACCUUGUGGGUUGUCAGCACAAGCGCCUUGUUGCUUGGUGUCCCGUGGGCUCUUGCCUUUGCCGAGGAGCAGCAGAUGGUUGAGAUGGAGAAGGAAGUCCGCAUGCAGCAGAGCGCCAACGAGGUCCUUACCCCCGGCGCCACCAACCAGCUGAACCAGCAACUUGGCCAGCAGCCUGCACAUGCUGCCUUGUAAACAGUUCAAUAAUAAGUGUACCAUAAGUUGCGAUUGCGACGUCAUGUCCUGGCAGAUGUAAAUGAAAGUCGGGACAGAGGGAGAGGGAGUAGCAGUGUAUGUGGGCGGUGGAAAAAUGGAAACUUUUUUUGAUCUAGGGUCACCUUAUUGAUUGCAUGGUCAGAAAUGCGAAACUUGAGCGUUUUUCCCCCUGAGAGUCUCCUUGACUGGCAUUUAUUUUGUCGAGAUGGCUCUACCACUUGAGGCAACUGGUGUCUCAAUAUCGCCCUUGUUGUUGCGGGAUGCCUUUUUUAUAUUUUCUACAAUCUCCGCUGCUGUAAUUUUACAUCUUUGUCUUAGUGACAAUUCCAAUUCUUCUUUUUCGUUCUCCCAAUUGCACAUGUCACUUGUGUUUUCGAAUG